GGCAUUACUUUACCUCACAGCUCACUUCACACAGUCUCUCUCACACACACACACACAGCAGCCUGGACACACACAGACUUCCAACCCAACACACAUGGACCCGCUCGGAUCCGCGUGAAGGCAGGGAUACGACUGGAUUGUAGCUCUGAUCAUUUCAUCCCACGCUCCAUAGCCCACCUGUCCAGCUGUUUCACCGUGAGGACGUGCCAGCUGUGAAACACCUGUCCCAUCAGUGCUCCAUCUCCUCUACCCAACCCCUUUCUUUUACAUUUCAAUCUUUCUUUCUCUUCCUCUCUUCUUCUAUCAUCGACCUCUUUUUUUUCAUCUUCUUUCCUCUGCAAUCCUCUCUCUGCCUUUUUAAUUUAAUUUUUUUUUACCCCCUGCUCGGCCCAUGACCACAGCGCGACCUCCAUGGCUUUCUCAUCACGCUUUUCAUUCUGGGAAAAAAAGGUUAAAGAUGAAAACACAACAGACUCCAUAAGCACAAACUCAGACACUGAUUGCAGCAUGAGUGCUCAGUCUCAGUCUGUAGUGGAUGGAGCAGGUGGUGGAGCUAGCCGUGACCCUCCAGCCUCCCGCAGGGUUUUGGGUCCUCCUGCAGAUCCAAGAAGCAAUAGCAACAUCAGUGGCCCAAGCCAAGCACGCAGGGUGGUGAGUAGGGUUAAAGAGGAACCUCCACCUACCCCAGUGCCCAACAAACCUGCCUCUACUGCCACCUCAGUGCCCAAAUCCAGUAAAGCCCCAACUUCAGCUUCUCAUGAUGAUGAUAUCUCUGUUGGGCUCACCAGCCUUAUGGGGCGUGGGAGGACCAAAGAUCAUCGUGCUCGGUCAAGAGCUGGAAAGGAGGUUAAGGAGAGCGAAGAAAUUUCAAAACCAGUUGAGGAGUUAAAAGAGGAGGCCUCUGAUAACACCUCCUCUCCUCCUCCUGCCCCUGUUGUGACAAAAUCAGACACAAGCCCUACUAUGGAAUGUGAUUCUGCACUUAAACAAGAUCCUGUCAAGAUAUCCACUCAGUCCAUCCCAAAAGCUAAACCAGACCCAUUAGCUCCACCUCCUGGUUUGAUCCCAGCCCCUAAAUCCACCCCAUCUGCCCCACCUCCUUGCCUCAGCCCACCUCCUAAGACUCCCUUAGCAGCACCUGUUGGGUUUGUGCCUGCCCUAAAGCGAGACCCUUUUGCCCCAGUAGCAGGGUUUAUCCCUAGGGCCAAAGUGGAUCCUUUAGCGCCCCCUGCAGGUUUUAUUCCUGCCCAGCGACCUACCGCCGUCCGGAAGCCUGAGGUAAAGGGAGCAUCUCGGUCUCCAGCACCAGCUGGAAAGAGUAUCUCUGGGGCCACUGCUGUCGGCCAACAGAAAUCUACCCUAGUCCCCUCUGAGGAGAAUCACAAGCGCCUGGAGGAGGUCCUCACCGUGGACAAACCCGUGAAAGUGGAGAUGGAGGUGGACCCCGUGGCUUUCCUGCAGGCGUCACAUGCCGCUGCUUUACCACACAAGGUGAAGACCGAGGAGCAGAUCGCUGCAGAACGAGCCUGGUUUGGCACAGAGAAAAUAUGGCUGGUUCACAAAGAUGGCUUCUCUUUAGCGACCCAGCUGAAGUCCGAGGAGGGAAGUGUUCCAGAGGGGAAGGUGAAGAUCCGGCUAGAGCAUGACGGGACGUUUCUGGAAGUGGAUGAGGAUGAUGUCGAGAAGGCGAACCCUCCCUCGUUGGACCGCGUGGAGGAUUUGUCUUCGCUGCUCUACCUGAACGAGUCCAGCAUCAUGCACACACUGCGACAGCGCUACGGAGGAAACCUCAUCCACACCUACGCUGGGUCAAACAUAGUGGUCAUCAACCCUGUCAGUGUGCCGUCCAUGUACUCCGAGAAGGUGAUGCACAUGUUUAAAGGUUGCCGCAAAGAGGACACGGCUCCCCAUAUAUACGGCGUGGCCCAGGCUGCGUACCGUAAACUUCUGACCACGCGCCAGGACCAGUCCAUCAUACUACUGGGGAAAAGCGGAAGUGGAAAAACCACUAACUGUCAACAUCUGGUGCAGUACCUGGUGACCAUUGCAGGCAGCAACAGCAAGGUGUACUCAGCUGAGAAGUGGCAGGCUGUCUACACCAUCCUCGAGGCGUUCGGGAACUGCAGCACGUCCAUGAACGGGAACGCCAGUCGCUUCUCCCACAUCGUCUCUCUGGACUUUGACCAAGCCGGUCAGGUGGCUUCGGCUUCAAUCCAGACCAUGUUGCUGGAGAAGUCGAGAGUGACGCGGCGACCGGACGGCGAAUCCACUUUCAACAUUUUUUAUUACAUGAUGGCAGGAGCCGACAGUUCUCUCAAAACCGAGCUGCACUUCAACCACUUCGCAGAGAACAGCGCCUUCGGGAUCCUGCCUCACUCCAAGCCUGAAGAGAAACAAAAAGCCACUCAGCAGUUUGCUAAACUCCAGGCUGCAAUGAAAGUGUUGAGCAUUUCUCCAGAGGAGCAGAGAACUUUCUGGCUGGUGUUGGGCGCCAUCUACCACCUAGGAGCAGCGGGAGCCACUAAAGAGUCAGAUGAAGCCGGCCGUAAGCAGUUUGCCAGACACGAAUGGGCUCAGAAAGCGGCGUACCUCCUGGGCUGCACCCUGGAAGAGCUCUCAUCAUCCAUCUUCAAACCUCAGGCCAAGGGAACCCUGUCACGGACCUCCGGCGUCCGCCCAGGACCCGAGGAACCCGGAGAUAUCUCAGGGUCCAAAGCCACGGCGAUGGAAUGUUUGGAGGCCAUGGCUUCCGGUUUAUACUCCGAGAUCUUCACUCUCCUGAUCUCCCUCAUCAACAGAGCUCUGAAGUCCACGCAGAAGCACUCGCUGUGUUCUUUGCUGAUUGUAGACACUCCAGGUUCCCAGAAUCCCCGGCAGGCCAAGACGGAGAGAGGCGCUACCUUCGAGGAGCUCUGUCACAACUACGCUCAGGAGCGACUGCAGGCCCUUUUUCACGAGCGCACGUUUGUUCAAGAGCUGGAGCGCUACAAGGAGGAAAACAUCGAGCUCACGUUAGACGACAUGGAGCCGAGUCCCUCGCUGUCUGUCGCUGCUGUAGACCACGCGUGCAGUCAGGCCUUGGUGCGGACACCAUCAAGGACAGAUGAGGCCAGGGGGCUGCUGUGGCUGAUGGAGGAGGAGGCAGUACACCCAACCGGAUCAGAGGACACACUAAUGAAGAGACUUUUUAGCUACUACGGCCCUGCAGAAGAAGAGAGCAAAGGCCACACAAUAUUGCUGAAGAGCGAGCAGCCGCAUCACUUCCUGCUCGCCCACAGCCAUGGCACAGACUGGGUGGAGUACGACGUCCGUGGUUGGCUGAACCACGCCAAGCAAAAUCCUGCCUCCCAGAAUGCAGCCAAUCUGCUACAGAAUUCACAAAAGAAGAACAUCAGCGCCUUGUUUUUGGGGCGUUCCAGCAGCGCCACGGUGCUGUCGGGUUCUAUCGCCGGGCUGGAGGGUGGCUCUCAGCUCGCUCUGCGCCGUGCUACCAGCAUGAGGAAGACCUUCACCACCGGCAUGGCUGCUGUGAAGAAGAAAUCCCUCUGCAUCCAGAUCAAGCUCCAAGUGGAUGCGCUGAUGGACACAGUCAGGAGGUCAAGGGUUCACUUUGUGCACUGUCUGCUACCUAAGACGGAUGCUUUGAAGACUUCCAGCUCUGCGGAGCUCCAGGGUGAGAGCUGUGAUCCAGGCCUCAUGCAGCUGGAUGUGUCCUUACUGAGAGCUCAGAUCAGGGGCUCCAAGCUGCUGGCUGCUCUCCGCAUCUACAGACAAGGUUAUCCAGACCACAUGGUGUUCUCGGAGUUUCGGCGUCGCUUCGACGUCCUGGCUCCGCACCUGACCAAAAAGCUUGGCCGUAACUACAUCGUAAAGGAUGAGAAAAGGGCCGUAGAGGAGCUGCUGGAGUGUUUGGACCUGGAGAAGAGCAACUAUCACAUGGGCCUGAGCAGGGUGUUUUUCAGAGCAGGAACUUUGGCUAAGCUAGAAGAGCAGAGAGAUGAGCAGACCAAACGCAACAUCACGUUGUUCCAGGCUGCCUGCAGGGGUUAUGUGUCUCGCCAGGCCUUCAAGAAGAGGAAGGUCCAGGACCUGGCCAUCCGCUGCAUCCAAAAGAACAUCAAGAAGAACCGGGGUGUGAAGGACUGGCAGUGGUGGAAGCUCUUCACCAACGUGCGUCCUCUCGUCGAGGUGCAGCUCAGCGAGGAACAGAUCCGUGGCAAAGAUGAGGAGAUCCAGCAACUGAAAGCAAAGCUCGAGAAGGUGGAGAAGGAGAGGAAUGAGCUCAGGCUGAACACAGAUCGGCUGGAGAGCAAGAUCACAGAGCUCUCAACUGAGCUCUCAGAUGAGAGGAACACCGGCGAGUCGGCAUCCCAGCUGCUGGAGACGGAGACGGCCGAAAGGCUGCGUCUAGAGAAGGACAUGAAGGACCUACAGACAAAGUUUGAGGAAAUGAAAAAGCAGAUGGGAAGCAUGGAGGUGGAGGUGAUGGAGGCGCGGCUCCUCAGAGCAACGGAGUUUAACGGCGAAAUCGACGAUGACGAUGAAACCGGAGGUGAAUGGAAGCUGAAGUACGACCGAGCUGUCCGAGAAAUAGACUUCACCAAGAAGAAAUUACAGCAGGAGUUUGAAGACAAGUUGGAGGCAGAGCAGCAGAACAAGAGGCUUCUGGAGAGAAAGUUCACUGACCUGCAGGCCGAUCAGGAGGAGACCCAGCGCUCUGUACAGCAGGCAAAGAAGAAAUGCCAGAGAUUAAUGGCUGAGCUCCAGGACACCAAACUGCACCUGGAGAACCAGCAGAGCCGCAACCACGAGCUGGAGAAGAAGCAGAGGAAGUUUGAUCUGGAGCUGAACCAGGUUCAGGAUGAAGUGCAGAGAGAGAAGACACAGCGGGAGAAACUGGGCAGAGAAAAGGAUGUGCUGACUGGAGAAGUGUUUACAAUCAGACAGCAACUGCAGGAAAAGGAGCUGGAGCUGUGUGGGCUGAAUGUAAAGCUGGAGCAGCUGGAGGCAGAGCUACAGGAUCUCUCCUCUCAAGAGUCAAAGGAUGAGGCAUCGCUAUCCAAGCUGAAAAAGCAGCUACGUGACCUUGAGGCAAAGGUCAAAGAUCAGGAGGAAGAGCUGGAUGAACAGGCUGGUACCAUCCAGAUGCUGGAGCAGGCUAAGCUACGUCUGGAGAUGGAGAUGGAGAGGCUGAGACAAAUGCAUUCAAAAGAGCUUGAAACCAAAGAUGAAGAUGUUGAAGAGAUCAGACAGUCGUGUAGUAAGAAGCUGAAACAGAUGGAAAUGCAGUUGGAGGAGGAAUAUGAUGAGAAGCAGAAGGUUCUAAGAGAGCGGAGAGAGCUGGAGAGCAAACUGCUGAAUGCUCAGGACCAGGUGAGCAUAAGAGACGUGGAGACGGAGAAGCGUCUGAAGAAGGAUCUGAAGCGCACCAAGGCCUUGCUGGUUGACGCUCAGCUCAUGCUGGAUCACCUGAAGAGCAAUGCGCCGAGCAAGAGAGAGAUCUCACAGCUUAAGAACCAGCUGGAGGAGUCACAGUUCAACUGUGCAGCAGCUGUGAAAGCACGCAAGUCCAUGGAGUUGGAGAUCGAGGACCUGCACAUCCAGAUGGAGGACAUCUCCAAGGCCAAGAUGUCGCUGGAGGAACAGGUCAGCAGACUGCAAAGAGAAAAGAACGACCUGCAGUCACGUCUGGAGGAGGACCAGGAGGACACCAACGAGCUGAUGAAGAAGCACAAGGCAGCUGUGGCUCAGGCUACGAGGGACUUGGCUCAGAUCACCGACCUGCAGGCUCAGCUGGAGGAGGCCGCAAAGGAGAAGCAGGAGAUUCAAGAUAAGCUCCAGUCUGUACAGAGCCAGCUGGAGUUCCAGGAGCAGUCAAUGGUGGAGAAGUCUCUGGUCAGCAGGCAGGAAGCCAAGAUUCGCGAGCUGGAGACCAAGCUGGAGUACGAGCGCACCCAGAUCAAACGCCUGGAGACUCUGGUGACACGGCUGAAGGAGAACCUGGAGAAGAUGACGGAGGAGAGGGACCAGCGUGCGGCGGCUGAGAACCGUGAGAAAGAGCAGAACAAACGCAUGCAGCGGCAGAAUCGCGACCUCAAGGAGGAGAUGACCGAACUGGCCAAGAAGGAGGCUGAGGCCAGCCGCAAGAAGCAUGAACUGGAAAUGGACAUUGAAAGCCUGGAAGCAGCCAAUCAGAGCCUGCAGGCGGACCUCAAGCUGGCCUUUAAGAGGAUCGGCGACCUGCAAGCCGCGAUCGAGGACGAGAUGGAGAGCGACGACAACGACGGCCUCAUCGAUAGUUUGCAGGACAUGGUGACAAAGUAUCAGAAAAGGAAGAACAAAACUGGAGAGGACUCGGAUGUGGACUCUGAGGUAGAGGACCGCGUGGAUGGGGUGAAGUCUUGGAUCUCAAAAAAUAAGGGCUCCACCAAGACCCUAUCAGACGAUGUCAACUUGAAGGCACCCAGCCUCAAAUAUCCUAAUGCAGCCAAUGCUGAUGUAAAAGACAUAAAAGAAGGGAAGGAAGGUAAAGAAGGUCAGGAUGUGAAAGAAGGGUAUAAAGAUGGUAAAGAUACAGAGCUGAGUAGAUCGGUGUCUGUGAUGAGCACGCUUAGCUACAGGAAGCGUUCCAACCUCAAGGACUCCAUCGGAGGCACUGGAGACGAGAGCUCCCUUUUCAGCACCCUAAAAGAGCAACCGGACACCCCGGACCGCUCCUCACUCCGCAAAGCUAAGAACAAGUCAAGCGAGAAACCUGGAGAUGACCUAGAUGACCGGGGCUCUGUCAUCUCCCAAGCUUACUCUGAGGCCACCAGCAGAGCCAGGAAAGGACUGGAACGGCGUUGGACCAAGAAUAGCCAGGAGUUUGACAAGGAGUCUGUCGUGUCUUCAGUGGCACCUAGCAGGACUACCUUGCGGCGUGGACUGGACCAGGACAAUGAUGCUAGCUCCACAGUAAGCGGCUACAGUAUACGCCGAAGCAUGUCAUGGAUGGACGACAGCCGAAGUGACUGCGGGUCCGCAGCGAGUCCCAAUUUAAGCCGCCGCUCAGGGGGACGAAGCCCUGGGAGUGUCAGCGUCAGCUCCCGGACCUCGCUGGCACGCAGCAGCCGGCUUAGCGAAUUCGGGGUUAACCUGGCAGACAACGACGAUGCUAUGAGCGUGGCUUUUAGUGAAGGUGGAAUCUCUUCCUAUAGUCCUCGCUCUCGAGCCCGAAGUCUUUCCAGCCCUGCCCAGAGCCGUGUGGCUGGGGGUGAGGUACCCGAUGACACAGACAUCAAACCAGUCAGCCACCGCAACUACCUGGAUCCCGACCUGGAAAAAGCAAUCAAUGAAGUUCUCAGCUUUAAGCCAAUUAAGUUCAAGCGCCGCAGUCUGGAGGAUUCGGAUGAAGAGAAGGGAGGAGAAGGUGGAGAGGAUGACAGGACAAGCAAACGAAGUGUGAAAAGCUCCCUGCAGUACGAUGAUGAUGAUGAUGAUGUUGAACUUCACCGAAGCACAUCUAGACUUCAGCGUUCAGCAUCUGGCUCUGCACUGGACUACUCCCGCUCUUCCAGCAGUUUCAGCUCUCGCAGCAGAAGCAGCAGUCGCAAAGCCAAAAAGAAGAAGAAGCGAGACUCGGAAUCGGAGAGCUCGUCAGCCGACGAACGCAGAAAGGGCUCCAAGAAGAAAGGGAAAAAGGGGUCCAGGAAAGGAAAGAAGAAGGAAAGUGAGACAGAGUCGUCUGAAUCCGAGUCGUCCGACUCGUCUUCCAGCUCCAGCUCUGAUGUGUCUUAUCGGAGUUCCAACAGCAUAAAGAAGGGCCCGGGUCGAUGUGCACCGGCAUCUGAUGAGGAUGCAGAGCUAGGUGGUCUCACAGAAGAGAGACCUCCGAGCAAGAAGGAAGAGAAGAAGAAGAAGAAGAAAGUGGACAACCUGAUGAUGAAGUAUCUUUACAGGCCUGAUAGUGAUUAAAGCAGGAGGUGCAGCAGGAGACGCCUGAGCCGGACCGACGAAGAGAAGGACGAGGAGAAAGAGCUCCGGCAGACCUUUGUUACAGAUGGCGACAGCGAGACCACAGCGUAGCUCUGAACUACGCCGCAUGCACUGAUCAUCCCUCGGGGGAAAC